AUGAUCACCACUUCCAUCGGCGACCCAAAAGACGGACCAUUCAUCCUCAACUGCAACUAUUGCAUGUGGAGCACCCUCGAUGUUGGUAUCAAGCUUGACAAACCGACCGGCGUCCGCGGCCAGCUUGAUGAAAUUGCAAAUGGAGGCAAACGCAGGCCUUCGGCUUUGAAAUCACCACCACACCAUGAUGAACCCGCACGCAAAUCAUCGCUUUCACGACAACCUUUAUUGCCGGAAGAAAUAGGAGAGGCCGUGGAAGCCAGAGAGCCAACCGAGUCACAGCCAUCUCUGGAUUCAACGGCGAGGUUCAGCGCCCUGAAGACAUUCUACAAGGACCAAAUUGCCGAAUCUUCAGCAAUGGAUGCGGGCUUUCCCACUUCAGCGUUGGACAUGGCCUACUCGUCCCCAUCGUCACUCCAACGUAUCAUGAACAUCUAUACCAACAGAGAGAACUCGCUUAAACGGGCUCGACAGAAGCUUACGAUCAUGCGAGAAGCUCGCGCAGCGGGCGAAGGACUCAAACUGUACGACCCACAAAGUGCCACGCCUUGCGAAUACGACGAGACCACAACCAUGGCACAAAGAACCUCUCAAAACCCUUCCUUUAUUGGCAAUCCUCGAGCGCGCACAGUCUCAGAUCUCAGACCGAUGCCCACACUUAUGCGUACCAAACGAUCCAAACGCUGUGCGACCUGCAAACACAUCCUCACCCGACCCGAGCUGAAGAUAUCGUCUGCACGAUACCGCAUCAAGCUGAUUGCACUCAGCUAUAUCCCCUUUGUGACCAUAAAGCCGCUUCCAGUCCCGGGUGGCUUGUCUCCUCCUGGACCAGAUGGAAGUGACAUUGUCCUUGCAGCUGGGAAGCCUGUCCAGUUUAUCAUGACACUGCGCAAUCCGCUGUUUGACGACGUCAAUGUCAGCUUGGGAAGCCCCAGCGUGACACCGGGAAAGCAUGGACAUCGAGUCACCAUCUUGUGCCCUCAGUUUCAGAUCGGGAAGAAUAGCGACGCUUGGGACGACGCACUGAACAAGCCUCCAACUCAAGCAGUAGGAGGUGCCAAUACCGCUGGUGGAGAACAAAUCGCUGGCAAAUUGUAUGACCAGGGCCGCAACUGGGCGAGCGUAGUAAUUGAGGUUAUCCCUGCGAGCAUUUUGAGAGGCGUGAGCGAGGAUCUGGACGGAGAUGAGGACGUCAUCGAGAUUCCUAUCAGAGUCAGGCUGGAAUGGACCGUCACCGAGGACGAGACUGCGGGUAUUGUGGAAAGAAGGAAACGGGAUAGGGACAAGGUGCUCGAAGACGGGGAGGACGCGGAUGAUGGGAAGAGAGAGUUGAGUUACUGGAUGGUCCUUGGUAUUGGGAGAGUGGACUGUUGA